AUGCCGCCUCGCCGCUCGCUGAAGAAGCACGACGCGGCUGCCGAGUCCCACACGCUCAAGACGAGGCGCCAGCGCACAACCACGCAAGUGCGUAAGGACAAACGCCACACCGCCGUGCAGAUCAAGCGGCGUCGGCUCGUCUCGACGAGCUCCCAGCCAGCACUUAGUGGUCGCAGUAUCGCCGAGUUAAUAGGGUGUCUUGGCGAUGCACAUAACGCAUCGACUGUAACGGUUGAAGAGCGUUUCGAGGCGCUCAUAGAGAUGCGUGGUUUGCUUGGCGUAACGCAGGAGAAGAAGGACGGCGAGCACGACAAAAUAGAGCAGCUGAUAGAGUCAGGGAUUGUGCCCGUUCUCGUGUCACUACUGAACUCGGCAGCACCUCUACUUAGUGCCACUCGCCUCGACGCCGAAGUGUACCAAGAGGUAUUGUGGUGCUUGUCGAACAUUGCAAGUGGCAGUUACGACGAGACGAAACUCGUGCUGCCAGCUGUGCCGCGAUUGGUGCAAUUCCUCGAGUCCUCGAACCAGUCAUUGGCUGGACAUGCGGCCUGGAUAAUAGGGAACAUUGCAGCGGACUGCAGGGAGUUUCGCCAGCACCUUAUUGCCAAUGGAGUCGUCGCUCCUCUUGUCAAGCAAUUGAGCAACUUCAAGGAAGCUGCGAGCACAAGUGCUUGGGCGCUAUCGAAUUUGGCUCGUGGAUUCGAGACCCCAGCGAGACCUUUCGUGGAAGCUGGUAUCGUCUCCGUCCUGGUCAAGGGACUGGCACCGCCUCGUUCCAGUGCUUCUUUCAGUGACGAGGUGGUGGUGGAAGUUGCGUGGCUUUUGAGUUUCUUGACGGCACGUGAAGAAGAGUAUCUGCGGCUGAUGCUGGAGACGGGGCUCGUGGAAUUCCUGCUGCCGUACUUUUCGACAAGUGACGAAGCCCUGCUGACUCCGAUCCUGCGCGUGUUCGGCAACGUCUGCUGCGGCUCGCUGGAUCACCACACGGACGGAUGGCAACUGCCAUAUGUGCACCGGCUAUUGACUGCCGAGUCAGUGGCGUUUUUGCCAAAGCUGUGCGGGUUUCUGCAGCAAGCGGGAGCUCAGCAAACGACGUUGGCCGUGGAAGCGGCGUGGGUGGUUUCAAAUUUGGCAGCUGCGGAAGCAGCAAUUGUGGACCAGCUGUUGCAGGCUCAAGUACUGCCACUGUUGGGUCGGCAGUUUGUGGAGGGAAGCUACGACGUCCGUCGUGAAGUGGCAUUUGCACUUACCAACAUUGCACUAACGAGUGCAGCACAUCUGGAAGACGUGCUGGCGCUCGAUGUCGUCAAGGGCUUUUUGCAUCUCCUCACCGUUGCUGACGUUGCUGUCGUUGGUAAUGCACUGCGAUUUAUUGAGAACGUGCUGCGUGUGGCGUCUCAAGGGGUUUCGCUGGUUGAGCUGAAUGAGGGCAUUGAUGCACUCGAGACUGUGCAGUUUGAAUGCGGUGAAGAGCGUUUGUCGCAAUGGGCUGCGGCACUGGUCAAUGAGUUUUAUGGAGAGAACUAUGGUGUCCACUCACCGCCAAACGCCGAUACAGAGUGUGCUGGUUUUGGUGAAUUGUCCGAAGAGCCGAUGCAGCUGUCGUUUGACGUUUCCCAGCAAUCGUCUGCUCCGGGAACUGCAGGUCGAGGUCGUGGUGCUCACAUGACCACGCCUGCGUGGAAAACGUAG